UAUGCUCAGUGCUCAUGCUGUACUAGUCCAAAAUAGCAAAUUAUAGCUAUUUUACUGAGUGUAUGUUUCAGAAAUUCAUUGUAAUGAAUACUUGCAGAACCUGCCUAAAAUCUCCAGCCAAUAAAAAUAUUUCAGAGCUGGCUAAAGGUAUAGAAGACGAUGACAAACAGUGCGCCGAUAUCAUGGCAUUUUGUUUAGAUAUAAAGGUUACAGGAGACUCCAAAAUAACAACGAAUCUAUGUUACAACUGCUAUAGAAAAAUUAUAUCGUUUUACAAAUUUAAGACACUAUCCUUAAAAAAUGAUGCAUAUUUGAAAUCUCUGGAUGAUGUGCAGUUGAAAGAACAGAAACUUUCUUUUUAUGUGGAUGAAAACGGCGUAAAACACGAAAAUUUCUUGGAGCCUGACGAUUAUGGUCCAAAUUUAGUUGAAUAUGGCAAUACAGAAAUAAGAAAGAAAAUUGAUUGUAAUGCGUUUUCUUUGAGGAAUGUUAAAAUAGAUGACAUAGACGUUAAAUAUGAAGAAACGUUAGGAGAUACUGAAACAUAUGAGGACUAUAACAUUGUAGAUGAAGAAAUUUUAGGAGAUUCUCUAACAUAUUACAAGUAUGACAUGAAAGAAGAUGUAGCUUCUGAUGAUGAUGUAGAUGGAGGAGAGCCAUGUUGCAAAAUUGAGAAUAUACAAAGUGACAAUAUUAGGAGCGGGGCUAAAGGAACGGCAACAAAAUAUAAAAAACUUGGCUCCAAAAAGAAGCCACAAAUUCAAGCGGCAAAAAAGGUGACAAAGCAGAAAGAUAAUGGAAAAAUGUUACAAACAAAACGUAAAAAACGAAACUGUAAGAAACUACAAAAAACAGCAAAAAAAAUAAAAGACCUGAAGGAGAAUGGAAAGGUGUCGCUAGGGCCUCAUAUCUGCGAGCAAUGUGGUGUAACCGUACUUGACAUUAAGUCACACUCUUUGACUCACAAGUUUAAGGAUGAACGGAAAAUGCUGAAGUGCGAGGCCUGCCCUAAACUGUUUGUUUCCAGAGGUGGUAGACGCAGACAUUUCAAAAUCCACCAUUUAGGUCGAAAGGCCAAGUGUGAUAUUUGUAAUGGACAUUACGUCCAUCUGAAUACACAUAUUAUGCAAGUACAUAAGAAGGCUGAACUGCGAUUCUCCUGCGUGACGUGUGGGCGCCGCUGCGUGUCGCGGCCUGCGCUGGACAAGCACAUGUACACGCACGCUAAGACUGUAGAUAAACAGUUUGAAUGUGACCUAUGCCACAAGACGUUUACGUUCAAGGAUCAGAUCAAGGACCAUAUAAAGCGAGUCCAUGAAAAUGUGAAAGAUUACCAAUGCGAACACUGUUCCAAAACGUUUUUCAGUAAAUAUGAGGUUAUAAGUCAUUUAAGGUUUGAUUGUCUCGUUUGGACAGUGGACACCCACUAAGUUUCAAUUUUGCGCAGGAGACACAAGUCACAUUGGAGUGCCAAUUCGAGUGCGGGGAGUGCGACAAGGCCUUCAAGUACAAAAACACGCUACGAGCGCACAUGCUGAUUCACAGAGAUAUAAUAUAUUAUAUCAGGGACUUCAAGUGCCAACUCUGUGAACUACAGGACAGCUGCGCCAUACUCGCUGUGCGCCAAGGAUGGCCGACGCUCAACACAUCACCUGAUAGAUUCGGAGGCCGAAAUAUCUAUAGGAUUUAAAGGAUUGCUUGAAUAAGGCUUCAUCUUUUUAUUGGAACAUUUGGAACCAAAUAAACGUUAAAUUAAAUUUAAUG